CACAAAUCCACUCCACGUGUUUGGUGAUUCGCAGCCACCACCUUUUGUCUCAAGGGGGCUCUUGAGAUCCUGCUGCGGCAACGUCACUCUUCAGGUUUGUGAGACCAGGCCUCCAGCUGCUUAAGGUAGGACCCAGCUGGGCCCUCAAGAUGCCAAAACGAGGGAAGAAGAAGGGAGAAGAUGAAGCUCUUCCAGAGGAGAAAGAAGUGGCAGAGCCGGAGCCCAAAAAGGGUAAGAAAGUAGGAGCAAAAGCCGAGAAGGAGGCUGACGGUCCUAUCAUGUAUCAGGAUCCUCCCGAUAAACUCACAUCUCCCAGCGGCAAGAAAUACACACUGAAGGUCACUUCCUGGAACGUUGACGGAAUCCGAGCCUGGUUCAAGAAGAAAGGUCUGGAGUGGGUGUGCAAAGAGAACCCCGAUGUCCUGUGCCUCCAGGAAACAAAAUGUGCAGAAAAACAGCUUCCCGCUGAGGUACGGGAUCUUGCCGAAUAUCCCCACAAAUACUGGGCCUGCUCAGAUGAUAAGGAAGGCUACAGUGGCGUCGCCCUGCUCUCCAAAACCAAGCCCAUUGAUGUCACCUUCGGUAUCGGGGAGGAAGAGCACGACAAGGAAGGCCGUGUGAUCACGGCCGAGUUCCCCUCUUAUUUCCUGGUGACGGCCUACGUGCCUAACGCCGGCCGGGGCCUGGUGCGGCUGGAAUACCGCCAGCGCUGGGACGCGGCCUUCCGCUCCUACCUCCAAGGCCUGGCUGCCCAGAAGCCCCUCAUCUUGUGCGGGGACCUCAACGUCGCCCACCAGGAGAUCGACCUGAAGAACCCGAAGGGCAACAAGAAGAACGCCGGCUUCACGCCGGAGGAGCGGGCCGGCUUCACCACCUUGCUGGAGGCGGGCUUCGUCGACAGCUUCCGCCACCUCUACCCGGACACGCCCUACGCCUACACCUUCUGGACCUACAUGAUGAACGCCCGGGCCAAGAACGUGGGCUGGCGGCUCGACUACUUCCUGGUUUCGAAGGACCUCCUGGAAGGUCUCUGUGACAGCAAGAUCCGCUCCGCAGCCCUGGGGAGUGACCACUGCCCCAUCACCCUGUACGUGGCUGCGUGAAAGGCAAGAGUGUUAGCAUUUGGGUGGCUGGCAGCUGUAAUA